AUGGGAGUCGAAAGGAUCCGGUACCAUUGGCUUUUGAUUAAGCAGAAUAUUAAGCACUUAAUAAUCAGUUCCACUAUUAUUGUGAAUUAAGCAGCUAGUAAUUUAAAAGAAUAUUUAAGAACACGUGAUGCCAAAGGAUUGAACUAAAAAUCAUUCGAAGAUAUUUUCUGUGAAAACCCAACUUAUGGAAUUAAAUUGUUCAGAUUUUUAGAAGCGUAUUCCGGAUCCCCAGGAUUGAUUAAGAAGGAGCCUUUGUUCGAAUUUUUGGAAUUGUUGGUGAAGGAUGUCCAAACUAAUAUUCCCACAUUUAAGAACCUAGAGAGAUUUGAACUCGUGUCGUUAAUUUCCUUAUAGGAUUCAAAGUUUUUGACAACCAAGGAGGAAUUAGCAUAACUACAAUUAACUUACUUAGAUACAAUUGGAGUGAUUAAAGAUUUAAUAAAGAUGCAUCAAAUAGGUAAAAAAGCAGUUUCUACGAAUGAGAGGUACAUCAAGACAUUGGUUGAUAUGCUUUAUAAAAAUGAAGCCGGUUCAUUUUCUUGGGUUAGUUUGGUAGACUUUGUUACAAAAUAAAUGCCAGGCACGAAAGAAGCAAUUAAACUAUACUUUUAAGCAAAAUUUAUGGGGAAGCAAAUCAAUAAUUUUAUUCCUGUUGUGAAUACUCCAUCGUAUUUCUUGACUGAUGAAUUGUGUUUCCAAUUAUUUCUAAGUACAAAUUCAGUCUUAAAGAAUUGUUCACAAUUGUCAUUACUGUAUUCAAGUGUUGCACAUCAAGGGGGUUUUAAUUAAAUGAUUCAAGCUAUGAAAGAUAGUAAAUUACCUACAUUACUAUUGGUUUAGCAUGAGGAAACUUAUGAUUAAAAAGUGAAAUAAUAGACUUUUGGUGCUAUUACCAAUUUAAAAUGGUAUGACACUUAAUAAUAUUUUGGAACUAAAGAUGAUUGUAUUUUUAGUCUCUAUCCCUAUUACAAGAUAUUUAAGGCAAAAAAAGGAGAAUAAAAUUAUUGCUAUUUAGAUUCUUAAAAGGGUUUUGGCUUUGGAGGUAAGAAUGGUGAAGGAUGCAGAAUUUGGAUUGACAAGAACAUUGAAAAUUCAUAUUGCAAUCAAUUUGAUGAUACUUAUGAGAAUGGUCCCAUUGUACUUCCUUAUGUUAAGAAACUCAAAAUCAAGAUUAUUGAGAUUUGGGCCAUUCAACAUCCAGCUGAUGACAUGGAUGAUAAUACUGAAGUGGUAGUAGACUUGAAAGACCCUCUGCUCUAAUAGCCUGAUGAAGUACAAUUUCCAGAUUCCAAUGCUGAUUAUUAUUGGGUAGGCUAAGAUCAAAAAAUUGAUGAAAAGAAUUCAGGAUAUUAUUGGGAAGUGUAAAGUGAGACAAAAUGA